AUGAAGACGACGACCACCGAGGACGGCGGGAAAUACACGCCCCCGCCCUUGCCGGAGGGCCUGACUGUCGCAGUGAUGAAGAACAGGCUGAGCGGGAAGAAGGUCAAGGGUGCGCUGCUGACCCCGAAGGAGAUGGAAGACCUCGCGGAAUGCUGGCAGCCAUAUCGCAGCCUCGGCGUAUAUUACAUGUGGGCCCUGGCGGAGGAGCCGAAGUAA